AAUGGCGUGGCCGUGGCGGGGGGCUGCCGCUCUCUGCCCGAGUUCAGCACCGGGAAACCACCUGUGAACAGCCUUCCGGAGCCGUCCGGCGUUUCGCAAAGUGACUUUUUUUCCGCUGGCACCGAACGCGGGCGGAGUAAAUCUCUGUUAAGAGUGGUCCGCGAGAAACUGCGUGAAACUGCGUGAAACUGCGUGAAACUGCUGGACCUGUGGCUGGAAGAACGAGCGCGUUGCCAUGUCGUUACUGUGUGUCCGAGUGAAAAAAGCCAAGCUCCAUGGACCACCAGACAAGUUCAACGCCUACGUGACGCUGAAGGUGCAGAAUGUCAAGAGCACAACCAUCACAGUGCGGGGCGACCAGCCCUGCUGGGAACAGGACUUCAUGUUCGAGAUCAACCGGCUGGACCUCGGUCUCAUCGUUGAGGUGUGGAACAAAGGCCUCAUCUGGGACACCAUCGUGGGGAUGGCUUGGAUUCCCCUGAACAGCAUCCCGCAAUCAGAAGAGGAGGGCUCGGGCGACUGGAUCUGUCUGGACGCAGAGGUUCUGAUGAAGGCGGACGAGAUAUAUGGCACCAAGAACCCGACACCCCACCGCCUCCUGCUGGACACGCGCUUCGAGCUGCCUUUUGACAUCCCAGAUGACGAGGCGCAGUACUGGACGGGCAAGCUGGAGCGCAUCAAUACCAUGAGAAUCCACGAUGAGUACCCUCUUCAGGAUGACGUUCAGUGUCCCCCGCCGCCGUUCGCGGCCUCCCAGUGCUGCAACUAUUUCGGAUGGGCUGACCCACUGACUCUGGAUGACCAGGACAGUGCCGUGGACGACCGGGAUAGCGACUACCGCAGCGAGACGAGUAACAGUCUGCCUCCGCGGUACCACACCACGGCUCAGCCCAACUCGUCCGUCCACCAGUAUCCCAUGGGGCCUCGGCAGCAGCAGCAGCACCCGGACUCCUGCACAGACUCGGUCCACAGCUUCGACCUGGACUACAGAGACCAGAGGGGAACCAGAUCAUUAAACCAGAAAGGAAGGGUCAGAAUUAUACCUGUAGAUUCUGGCAUGGGGGUUGAAGAUUGGGAAAACAAAUACAAAGGGCAUGGCAAGCCACAGCUGAGUGACUUCCUGGAUGAUCGGGAAGACAACGUUAUCCUUCGAAUGGGGAGACCCUACCCCGAGCCAUCGCAUACCUCUAUCCGUCUGAAUUCACAACCCAGUGGUUUUCUUCCCCCCACCUACCCUGAAGGCUAUGCCACUAUUGAUCGGCGGCGAAAGAAAAAAAUAAGGGACCCAGGGGGAUUGCUCAGUACGGAGGCAGACACAAUGAGGGUAGAGGCCUUUCCUUCUGACCUUGCACUGCUUCGUGAGAAGAGAGGGGAGCUGUUUAUGCGGCAGGUAGUUGAGAUGCAGGAAGAAGAGGAGCGUUUUACACCAAGCCUGAGGCCACACCAGAAUACGCUUCUCUACAAGACAAGAAUGUGGGCACAAAAUGAGCUGGACAACACUGUGGAGAAUUAUGUGGCAUAUAAAAAAGAACAAGAUGCUAGAGGGAGGGCGAGGUUUGAUUUUGAUUUGGAGAAAUCUGAGGAUCUGCACUACCCAAUUGGACCAGAGGAGGACAUUGAUGACAUUGCUUUUAUAGAGGAAGACUUCCACCUCGAUAACGCAAGGCAUUACAAAGACAGGUAUUCUUACUCCUGUCACAUAGAAAAUUCUCAGGGCCUUCGGGAGAAGAAGUGCGGAAAAGAUAAACUUAGAGGAUGGGCUCCAGAGGCAAUGCUCUCCCCUGGAGAGGAACCAAGUGAUGCAUAUGUAGACCCAAUGGAUGAGCUUCAGUGUCUAGUUGAAACAGUUUCUGAAUACCUUGCUGAAAAAGAGGAGGAAAUUAGCAGGUAUGGUUCCCUUCCUAAAACAAGCAAAUCAAGGCUAUCAUCUCUGGGUAGCUAUAAAACCGAUUCUUUUGGAGAGGACCAACAUAUUUCAUCAAAGGAGCCUCAAGGAGAGACCCAAUCACAUAUACCUUCUGAUCAGGGUAUUUCUGGAGUAAAAAAUGCCAUGAGCUCAUUAUUUAGUGCCCUCACUGACUCUCUCACAGUUGGAGGUGGAUCCAAACAGCCUGUCCCAUCUCCACAAGCACCAUCUGCUCAACCUUCCAAUCAAUCUGGACUAACCCAACUGAUUUUGUUUCGUCAAAAAUCAAAUAGUUCAGCUCCUAUUGCUGUUGUGUCUCCAGUAGAAAGUUGUCAUGACAAAUCAUUAAAUUAUUUGCCUAGUCAAACGCAUACAAAAGAACAACAGAAGUGUGUAACAAAACCCCAAAGUGCUCCAGGAAACUUAGUUUUGGGGAAAUUGAAUCCGUUAAAGCUUUUUUCAGCAGGGGAUAAUGAGAACUCAGGUGAACAGGCACCAGAGUAUACACAUUCUCAAGGCCACACACAAUGGGAUAAUAAAUGUGUUCGACAAGGUGAACAGUCAGUGGCAGCAGAAGAAAAUAUGAAAUCAGAAAAAUCAAGAAGUUCCUCGCAAGAAAAAUAUUUGGAGCAAAAACGAGAUGAACAUCUUUAUGGCAGACAAAAUCCGAUGAUUUACGAAAAAGAGAAUGUGCCUCCUCCAGCAAGGCCGAUUGGCCGAACGCCAUCAGCAAACACUGGAUUCUUUAGCCCUUUCAAGAAGUCAUUCGCUUCAUUGAUGACAUCUGCUGUCCCCAUUCCACCUCAUGGAGUUCCACCUGUGGCAGUGUAUCCAGUGUUUAGAGCCACAGAGGAUCCCCGACUCGAGAAACCAGUGGAGGAGCCAUCAUUAAGUGAACUUAAACUGCCUUUCCUCUCUUCUGAAAAUGUCUCCACUCAUCAGCGUCCCAAAUCAGAGGGAGGAAUGCUCUCUGGUUUUCUAAAGUUUGCGUCCAAUGAAGAUGUUAGUGCCUCCAUAAACACACCGAAUCCUGUGCAAUCAUAUCAGGAUUCAACUUCAACAACAACCACCACAUCUACACCGAAUUCUGGUGUGCCCCAGGAAAACACUGAGAGAGGAUGGUUUUCCAGCCUAUUUAAUCCUCCCUCUGGUUCAAAUCAGAAUUGUACUAGUAAUCAGCAAUGUCAGAACAGCAAAGUGUCAUCUGGCUCACAUGAACACAACACAUCAAAUCAGAAACCAAUAGCAGACCCCCAUGGAAUGCAGCAUCAAGCUCCUAGUCAGCCUGAAUCAAAUUUCCUGACAGGUCUUUUCAAAGGGAACUCAGCUGAUGACGUUUCUCAUAUGGACUCUAAUCAACCUAAACAAGGACUUCUAUCUGGAUUUCUUAAAUUUGGCUCUACCAAUGACCUAUCUGGCAAUCUGCCACAGCAGGCUUCCCAUGACAAUCAACCACCCAAGAGCAUUAAUUCCUCACAGUUUCCCAAUCAACCUCCUCCACAACCAAGUUAUUCUGUACCACGGAUGGGGGACCUUGUCUCAGGGCUAUUGAAGUUUUCAUCCACCGAAAAUAUAGCACAAAAUGUACAGCCUUCUGAAGCUGAAAGGCAGGGGAGCAUCCCUGCAAAUGACUCUUGUCAGCAGCAUACUUCCGAUCAAACUCAGCAAACACAGUCUCGGAAAAAUGGGUUGUUGACUGGCUUGCUUAAAUUUGCAUCCUCUGAGAAUACUUCAAACAGCCAAACAGUUCAGCAGCAACAAAUCAGUGCUCAACACAAUCAACGUGGUUUCAACCAACAGAAUACUCAAGGUCCAAACCAAGGGCCUCAUCUCAGUAAUAGAGCAUCAGCACCGCACGCUGUCCAACAAGAGACAAGUAAACCAGGCUUUAUUCGACAACAAACAGUUCCACUCCAGCAAACACCAUCUCAACAAAGUGGUCUUUUUAAAUUUGCUUCAGCAGACAACACAAAUGCACAACAGCAGACAUUAGCUCAACAGCAAGUAAUCAUGCCAAGUAGAUCCAGCUACGAACAACCAAGAGCAAGGAAUAUCCCAAUUUCCAACCAAAAUCAACCACAAACUAGCUCAACACAGAAACCUACUCAACCCAGUGGUCUACUUUCUGGAUUACUUAAAUCCUCCUCAGAAAAUAUAGCUCAACAGCCCCAAAUCAUCCAUGAGACACAACAACAAAUCAAAGUGCCAAGCAGCCAUACAAAUGCAACACAGGUGGAGACAGCAAGUCCAUCUGGAGUACUCUCAGGGUUGUUUAACAAGUUAACAAAAUCAUCUGAAAAAGUCCCCACAACCUGCCAGACAAUGACAGGACAAUCACCGCAUCAGAAGGCCAAUAAUUACGAAGUUACAGUAAAGACCCCACUGCAAACACAAGUACACACUAAUGUCACACAACCAUCCUCCCAUGAACAUGAAAACAAAGAGAAGAGGAUUCCACGACCUGCCCAACAAGGGUUUUUAUCUGGACUGUUUAGCAAAAAUGUUACUGAGGACCCUUGUACUCAGAAACAAGUAGAAACACCAGGUCAGAUUUCAGAACAACAGAUACACUCUAAUAAGUUCACAGAGUUGCAUUCAGACAUAUUAAAGUGUAGUGCUUCCUCAGACUUUGGAAGGGACAACUAUCAAAGAGUUGUUCGAGAUUCUCUCAAUCCAGGGCAGAGAAAACAUGUUUUCAUCAAUACACCUGUCUCCAUUGAUACUGAGAGUCUAGACUUAAGAACAUCAGCUAUUUUUACAAGAUCUCUUCAGAGUCAGGCCCCAUACUCCUCAAUUAGCACAGGCAAUUUAUCCCAGUCAUAUUAUUCCGGCUCACUUCAAUCACUUCCCCCAAUGGCUUAUAGUACAGGAAAUAUCCAUUCCCUUUUACAAAGCAAUACACCUUCCUCAAUAAUGACCAUGCAGCCAAACAUUUACGGAAGCACUUCCUCUUUGUCUGGAGCAACAGGGCAUGAUCUUUACCAAGGUCAGCUGUCCCCUUAUGGUACAAGUCUCUCUUAUGAUGAAAACCAGUGGAUUCGUGAAAGUGCUCUCUGGCAGCAAUUUCAGAUCGAUUCACUGAAUUAUCAAUUUCAGGGAGAGAAUCAAGUGUAUAGACCGAACUGUGAAGGUGCGUCAUUACCGUCAUCUUCUCUUCCCCGCAGCUCCUCAAAUAUAUAUCAGCCAUGUAACUCCUCCACACCAUGGCAAGGUGUCAUUUGCCGUGAGCAAAUUCAACCAUAUCAGUUUGAGGGACACAUGAAUGAUGAUCAAUAUCCCAGGAGGAAAUUAUGGAACAGCUACGAAGACUUGGGAAACCGAGAAUAUUUACCUAAGGAGGAGGGAGCAUUGAACUUAACUAAUAAACAAGGUAAUGCAAAGUUUGGGAAAUGGCACUCGUUUAAUAAUGGCAGCACUUGCAGCUUGAGUGGGGUUUCAUAUCACGAAGAUUUUCACGAGGAGACUGCACCAAGCUUAUCUUUUUCAGCUAACUGGCAAUAUGGAAUGGACAAUGCAGUCUUACAAAAUGCCCAUAGUCAUAGUCAGUUUCAUUUGAAUAGACCAAUAGAUUUAAACUGGCCCCCAACAACUGAGACAGAAGACUCCCUGUAUCUCGAAGACACUGAAUGGUAUCAGCAGUGGCUUGCACUUUUGGAACAAGGAAUGUGGUGGCCAGCAGAAGAUGGUGACUGUGGCUACUUUGUUUUCACAGAUCUUGACUUCAUUUAUGCCUUGCUUACAGAUGAAGCAGGUGAAUAUGUGUAUACAUGUGCCCCUGAAGGUGAGUCUUGUGGAAAUGAAAAGAAAGUAGAUGGUUUUCCCAGUGCUUGGCUAAACAGUGAAAUGGUUUUAGUAUGUGGUUUUAAAAUUCCACUUUACAAUGAGGAUGAGCUUCUUUGGUUACCUGGUCAAGAGCAUGGUGAUUCUCAACUUCUUAAUGCACCCUUAGAUUUGUCUGCAGCCUAUCGGAAAGGAAAUCAGAUCAUGAAUUUAAAUCUCGAGCAGUUCUCUCAAAUGUUUGAAAAUUCAUUUCAGUCACAAGGGCAACGAGGUGUAGAUUUCACGUCGUACAGAUUAAACAAAGUCAGGAUGGAGACAAGACAGCACAGUUACAUCUAUGAAGACCAAUGCACAGAUGUUAUUGACCUUUCCUGUCAUAAUAAAGACCUCAUCGGCCCUUAUUGGAACAACCAGGAUAUGAAGACAUUUCUUGCUCAAAAGGUUUCCGUUUCCCUGAACUCUACUCCAACUGCAAAUUCCAAUCAGCAGGUACUUCAAAACUGUUACCACCCUUGCCAAAGGCGACGUUCAUCCACUGGGGUUACAGUGAAGCAUGUAGAUGAUGUAUCAGAGAAGGAAUGGAGGGACAGAGUGUUUCCAGGAGAGGAACAACCUAAUCGUCAAGUCAAAAAGAUGUCUUCCCUUAUGUCAUCUUUUGUGGGCAAAACAUCAGAGGUGGAGUUCAACAAAACUAGCAUAUCCUCGUGUGAAAAAGCUCCUGACAAAAAUUCAAAAAACAUUCUUACAUCAGGUUUCAAAAGUCUCAAGUCAAAGAUAAUUAAAGAGGAAUCUCCUGCUGAAGUGAGUCAGCCAGAUUUAAUUGUUAAACAACAAAUGCUUGGGCCAGCUACCACACAGAAAAUAAUUUUGCCCACAGUACAAACAACUGCUCAGGUGGUUCAACCCUCAAUUCGAUCGCAUCCAGCUUCACAGCAACCUAGACUUUCACGUCAGACUCCCUUGACACAACAACCAACCCCACAAACACAGCCUAAUGUAAUAAUUACUUCAGGGUCAAAAGAGUCUCCUAUUAAAUCUGGACAAUUUACAGAUGGUAAGCCAGUGGAUAAACCAUCUGAACCACAGCCAGGCUUCAUGAACUUUCUGAAAUCUGCAGUGGGCAUAGAAGAGCCUAUACCAGAUUCACAAAAAAUAUCUCAGACAUCUUCCAAUGAACAGAGCAAAACUGGCAGUACUGCUUCCUUACCAGGAAGUGCUCCUACAAAUAAAGAGGCUACAGGGGUGUCGAAUAUCUUUGGAUCAAUUAGCAGUCUGUUUUGUACUGAGCCCCCUCCAUCACAGAAACUGCAAAUGAAACCCAGUGUUACAGAGAGCUCACUAACAACAGCAUCUAGAACUAAAGGCAUACAGAGACAACGAAAAAUGGACCAAAGUGGUACCUCUGGGUCCGUGCAGGGCCAACCCCCAAACAAAAGUCCAUCCCAACCAUUGUCCCAGAGUUCUUCCACAGGCCCUGCCACAACCCGAUCAGAAACUAUGCUCUCUAUAGAACAGCCAAAACAAGAAGGAGGAACUAAACCAUCCGGUGGACUGUUUGGAUUUUCAAUUGGAGACAUGCUUGCUGGAUCAACAGCAACUGUUCCAUCUGAUCCCAGACCUCAACUACCUGCAUCAGCGACAGCUCCACAAGAAGAAUCACUUGGUAAAAUUAUAUUAUCAAUAUUUAGUGGGCCAAGUCCUACACAGGCUGCACCUAAAACUGGGCCCUUGCCUCACACAAAUCCACCAAGUGCAGCUCCACAACCUCCUCCACAGGAAUCACUCGGUAAAAGUUUAUUAUCUAUGUUUGGAGGAUCAAUUCCUCCUCCCCCUCAAACCAAGUCUGCUGUGGAAAUACCGCAACAGGGAACUGUUCCUCCAAAAGACCCCCCAAAUACUGGGUUCCUUUCAAUGUUUGGUUGUCAACAGCAAGCCCAAACAGGAUCUCUUCUCGGGGGAAUUCUGCCUGGGUCAUCAGGUUCAACUGAAAGCCCAAUGAAGGGACUGUGUUCAAUGUUUAGUGAUCCCAGUCCCCCACAACCUCAGCCACCAACAUCGGUAACUCAACCCAGAGUACCACAGUCACAAACUCACCUACAAGGGGAAACUCAGACACAAUCUAAACCACAAGGGCAGCCAGCCCCCUCUGUUCUUGGGGGAAUAUUAGGUGGCUUGUCUACCUCUAGUGAGGGUUCAAGAAAAGCUUUGUUUUCUAUGUUUAGUGGCCCCAGUACUCCAGUAACAACAGGAAGGGAAAAUGUGUCUACCUCUCCAGUAACUGCAGCACCCAAAGAACCUGCAAAGAGUAUACUCUCUAUAUUUAAUGAUGUUGUGUCACCUCCGCAACAAACUCCUGAUUCAUCAUCUGCUGUUGCUACUAAUACUAAAGAGUCACUAUCGGCACAAGGUACUUCCCAAAUGUCAUCUGUUUCCAGUAGCCAUGUCCCAGUGGCAGCAGAUGCCAGUAAAAUAUCAAGUGAAGUGAAUGGUGGCUUAUCUACUGGGACUACUGCAGAUACUACACAGGAUGCCAAACGUAAAGGCAUUGAUAUUGUAUCUAUGGAGCCAAAUUCUGAAUGUGCCACUAUGGAAAAGAAAACGGGCACAGAAGGUGCACCCCAAGAUCCUGCUCCCUCUGAAGAACCACCAUAUUCUGGCCUUCUGUCUAUGAUAAGUGGAUCAGGCUCCGCGGAACCAAGUGCUAGCCAGAUAGGUCCUUCACCGACAGGGUCUGAGUCUGUAUCAUCAGGACCCAAUGACCCUCCAGCCAAAGGUUUAUUCUCUCUGUUUGGAGGUUCUGCUGCCCAGCCCUCUUCGCAACCUGGACAUUCUCUAUUCGGGGCAGUGUUUGGAGGCUCUUCACCCCAAACACCAGCUUCAGGUGGGUCAUUACUAGGUGGUUUAUUUGGAGGGUCUGUUCCUCAGGCUCCUCCUCAAGUUGAUCCCACUAAGCUUGGAGUAUCUGCUCCACCGACAGCAAGCCCUCAGGCAAGGUCAUCUUUGCUUGGAGGCUUAUUUGGUGGAUCUGCUCCACAGGCUGUUGGAUCUCAGACUGCAGGAUCUAUUUUGGGUGGGAUUUUUGGAGGAUCAGCAGCUUCAACAACAGCCCCUGAGACUAGUGGGGCCUUUGGUGGAUUGUUUGGAAGGGCUGAUAAUCAAACUUCAGGACCCUCAAAAAGUAGCUCUAUAUUGGGAAGUAUUUUGGGAGGAUCCUCUUCUCAAACAGCUACACCGCAGACUGGUAAAUCUCUUUCAGGUGUCAUUUUUCCUGGAGCUUCAGCUCCUCAUGAGAUACCUGAUGCAAGUUUGCUUUCUACGCUUGGAGGAUCUGUUCCACCCGCAACACCCACUCCAGUAGGCGCACCAAAGUCUAAUGAUGACAAGAAAACUUCAAUUUCAGCUCUUAUUGACAUUACUUCAGAUGCCAAUGUUCUGCCAAACCCCAUUGAUGACAGUAUUACUACCCCAGCUCUAGCUGCUAAUGACAUUUCUGUAAUUGAUACAGCUAGCAAAAGUAAAGAGCAGGCAGAAACACUGCAGAAACCUCACAGAACAGACCAGUGUCUUGAAGCAAGCUUAGCCAAAACUGACAGCAAUGUCAUCGAAGAAGUUAAGUGCCAAGAUGCUGACAAGUCAACUACCUUAGCUAAUGAUAAUCAGUCUAAAGAAUCUGAAAUCUGUGCUCAAGCAAAACAGCUUGCAGGAAGAGAGCUUGUGAGUGGCCAGUCAAGUCAAGUUAAAAGUGCGGUAGUACAGGGACAACAAAAGCCUCCAGAGCCGGAAACAUCUGUUGGUGACUCAGCAGCAGAUACAGUUACAGGCUUUAUGUCAUCCCUUUUCAAACCAACAGUUGCUCCCACUGAAGGUCCCCAGCAGAAUAACUCCCUUUUUGGACUUGGAGGAAUUGCACCCCAAGCUGCUACUGGUCAGAGUGGAGCAUCACUAUUGGGAGGUAUUUUUGGAGGUUCCAACACAGAGACAGCAGCUCCUCAGACCGGGGGAUCCUUAUUGGGAGGUUUUUUCAAGGGGUCUGUUCCUCAGUCUGGUACUCAAACCAACACCCCCAGCACUGGAGGAUCAUUAUUAGGUGGAAUGUUUGGAGGAGGUUCCCCUCCCAAGCCUGUAGGUCCCCAGACUGGUGGAUCAUUACUGGGUGGGAUGUUUGGAGGAUCUGCGACAACAGCACAGCCUGGUGGUUCAUUACUUGGAGGAAUGUUUGGAGGAGUCACUGCUCAGACUGCUGGAUCACUGACUGGACCAUCAAUACUUGGGGGCAUAGGUGGAUCUUUAUUUGGGGGAAUGGGACAACCACCUAAGCCAUCUGAACAAAUGCCGGCUGAGCCCAAGAUAAUGGUCGGUACUACACCACAGUCAGAGAUUAAGAAUGAAAGUGGGCCACCAAAAGGGGCACUAUGUGGCACUGAGACUAGCACAUAUACAAUAGGGGACUCAACCUUACCAGACAACGAUCAAUUAAAAUGUAGCAGUCUAACAAGUUGUAGUGCUGUCGCAUCUGAGGCAGUUAGUCUAAAAGCUUCUGCUGUCACAAAUGCUUCAAGAAGCACUACAUGUGACCUCACCCAUCAAGAAGAAAAUACUGAAAAAAAGAGACCUGCUGAUGAAGCAGAGAUGAUAGAUGAGAAGCCCAUGGUCAUUAAAGGACACCUUGAGGGUAAAGAAAGUGACACAUCAGUUCCACCUGAUGCCAAGGAAGCAGAUACUAAUAAAGUGUCUCCAGUUAAUCAGUGGCCCAACAUUGCAGAGCCUCCUCAAGCUAAGUCUCUGUUCGGUUUUAUAUCGACACAGAGUGACGCAGGAAAAUCUCUUGGAUCCCUAUUUUCACCAACAACGUCAUCAGGUGCUCCAUCAAUGUCUCAAACAGGAGUGAGUGGUCUGUUUUCAGGAUUAAAAACCCUUUCUGGAGGCCUAUUUCAAGAGGAAAAACCUGUUCCUGGAAAACAAGAGCGACCCACCACUUCCUUAUUUGGGACAAAAAUAAGUUUUCCUUGGCAGGCAGAGCAACCCAAGCCACAAGCUGUCCCAGUUGUAACAUCUCAACCUAAAACUAACAACAAGCCAAUGAAUGGUCAUACACAUACUGUACAAAAGGUUGCAACAUCCGAUGCCCAAAAAUCUGAAUCGGUAGGUCCCACUGGUGAUAUAGCAAACCCCCAGAUUUGCAUCUCCACUCCUGAAGUAGAUCCUUCAGCAUCCCUGACCCCAAAGGAGAAGGAAGGGCUUGUAGACACAUACCCCUCUACAGGUCCUACCUCAGGAGUGCAGCUGGACAACCAGUCCAAGAAGGAUCUAUUGAAUGCAAAAAGUCCAGUGGAAAGUAGUCGCUUUGGGUCAUCAGGAAACCUGAGCCAGACCAGCUCCCAGCUUAGUGAAACUGGCCAGGAGAGCACUGGAGGGUCCGAACUAGAGGAGUCCUUCCACGCCUACCACAGUACCAGCUACCAUUCCUCCAACAAUGGACAACCACGCACCAAUGAACAUCCUCCCACCAAUGGUCCCUCUGCAGUCGGUGAGCAUCAGAAACAUGGGACGACUUCUGAAGUCGGACGAGGCCUGGGAAAGGACACACCAGCAGAGCGAGGCUCCUCUAAACUGCUACGGUUCCAUGAUGAUGGGCCGCCUUUACCAUUUUCGCCAUCCAGAGUUCGUUGGUUGAAGGCCAUCAAUAAAGUCAGGGUUCAGCUCCGGGAGGUCCGAGAUGAAGAACCCAAUGCCAGACAAGCAUGGGUCAAACCAGGUGGCGGAUCUGGUCUGUAUGGGAUUGACAGCAUGCCAGACCUGCGUAAAAAGAAGCCCAUCCCCUUGGUCAGCGAUGUGUCUCUCGUCCAAGCCAGGAAGGCGGGGAUCGCAUCUGCCAUGGCCGCACGGUCCUCAAUCAAGGAUGGGGAGCUGAAAAACCAUGUGUACAAGAAGACCCUGCAGGCUCUCAUCUACCCCAUAUCCUGCACUACGCCACACAACUUUGAGGUGUGGACCGCCACCACACCCACAUACUGCUACGAGUGUGAGGGGCUGCUGUGGGGAAUAGCCCGCCAAGGCAUGCGUUGCUCCGAGUGCGGGGUCAAGUGCCACGAGAAGUGCCAAGAGCUGCUCAACGCCGACUGCCUCCAGCGUGCGGCGGAGAAGAGCUCAAAGCAUGGUGCUGAAGACCGAACUCAGAAUAUCAUCAUGGCCAUGAAGGACAGGAUGAAGAUCAGGGAAAGGAACAAGCCAGAAAUCUUUGAACUCAUCAGGGAGGUGUUUAUAAUCAGCAAGGCCAUCCACGCUCAGCAGAUGAAGACCAUCAAGCAGAGCGUUCUAGACGGCACUUCAAAGUGGUCAGCAAAGAUCACCAUCACAGUUGUUUGUGCCCAAGGACUUCAGGCAAAGGACAAGACAGGAUCCAGCGAUCCGUACGUCACUGUUCAGGUGGGCAAGACCAAGAAGAGAACCAAGACCAUUUAUGGCAACCUCAAUCCUGUCUGGGAGGAGAAGUACCACUUCGAGUGCCACAAUUCCUCGGACCGCAUUAAAGUGCGCGUGUGGGACGAGGACGAUGACAUCAAGUCGAGGGUGAAGCAGCGUCUGAAGAGGGAGUCCGAUGAUUUCCUCGGCCAGAGCAUAAUUGAAGUGCGAACGCUGAGCGGAGAAAUGGACGUCUGGUACAACCUGGAGAAGAGGACGGACAAGUCGGCUGUCUCGGGGGCCAUCCGCCUGCAAAUCAACGUGGAGAUCAAGGGCGAGGAGAAAGUGGCUCCGUAUCACGUGCAGUACACCUGCUUGCACGAGAAUCUGUUCCACCACUCGACCGACAUGCUCGGCCAAGGCGCGGUGAAAAUCCCGGAGGCCCGCGGGGACGACGCCUGGAGGGUCUACUACGACGACGUGGCCCAGGAAGUAGUGGACGAGUUUUCCAUGCGCUACGGGAUCGAGUCCAUCUACCAGGCCAUGACGCACUUUGCCUGUCUGUCGUCGAAGUACAUGUGUCCCGGGGUUCCCGCCGUGAUGAGCACCCUGCUGGCCAACAUCAACGCCUUCUACGCUCACACGACGGCCUCCACCAAUGUGUCCGCCUCCGACCGCUUCGCUGCUUCCAAUUUUGGGAAAGAACGCUUUGUCAAGCUCUUAGACCAGCUCCACAACUCCCUGCGCAUCGACCUCUCAACCUACAGGAACCACUUCCCCGCCAGCAGCAAGGAUCGCCUGCAGGAUUUGAAAUCCACCGUGGACCUUCUAACCAGCAUCACCUUCUUCAGGAUGAAGGUCCAGGAGUUGCAGUCUCCGCCGAGAGCCAGCCAGGUGGUGAGGGACUGCGUCAAGGCCUGCCUCAACUCGACCUACGACUACAUCUUCAACAACUGCCACGAGCUGUACAGCAGGCAGUACCAACCCGCCGACGCGAACAAGGAGGAGCUCCCUAUGGAGGAGCAGGGGCCGAGCAUCAAGAACUUGGACUUCUGGCCCAAACUCAUCAUGCUCAUCGUCUCCAUCAUUGAAGAGGACAGGAACUCCUACACGCCUGUGCUCAACCAGUUCCCCCAAGAGCUGAACGUGGGGAAGGUGUCAGCGGAGGUCAUGUGGACAUUGUUCGCUCAAGACAUGAAGUAUGCUAUGGAAGAGCACGAGAAGCAACGGCUGUGUAAGAGCACCGACUACAUGAACCUGCACUUCAAAGUCAAGUGGCUCAACAACGAAUACGUCAAGGAGCUGCCGAGCUUUAAGGGCGUCGUUCCCGACUACCCAUCAUGGUUCUUACAGUUUGUGCUGCAGUGGUUGGAGGAGAAUGAAGAUGUAUCCAUGGAGUUCAUGCAUGGAGCACUCGAGAGAGACAAAAAAGAUGGAUUCCAGCAGACGUCUGAGCAUGCUCUGUUCUCCUGCUCGGUGGUGGACAUCUUCACCCAGCUCAACCAGAGCUUUGAGAUCAUCAAGAAACUGGAAUGUCCCGACCCCGACGUCAUGGCUCAGUACAGUCGCCGCUUCUCCAAGACUAUUGCCAAAGUUCUCCUGCAGUACAGUGCCAUACUGACCAAGAGUUUUCCUACUUACAUUGAUAAGGAGAAGAUUCCGUGUGUCCUGUUGAAUAAUGUGCAGCAGUUAAGAAUCCAGCUGGAGAAGAUGUUUGAGUCGAUGGGUGCCAAACAGAUUGCAACAGAAGAAGCACUGCAAAAUAGAUUGGAAGAGGAGGAGGAGGCGGGAGAGAUGGAGGAGCAGGUCGUAGCUGAAGAUGAGGAGGCGAAAGCUCUGAAUGACAAGGAGAAGACGGAUGAACCCGUGGAAAAGUUGGAGACUGCUGAUAAAAAGUUGGAGCCUGCUGGUAAAAAGAUGGACGCCGAGGCCUGCGGCUUGCUGAACGACCUGCAGGUGAAGCUCAACAACGUGCUGGAUGAGCUCAGCAGCACGUUCGGGAACAGUUUCCAGAGUCGCAUCAACGAAUGCAUGCGACAGAUGGCGUCGCUGCUGUACCAGAUGAAAGGGCCGCUCAACGACAACAACAAGAACCAGGUGGACGCCGACUCUGACAACAUGCUGCGGCCGCUCAUGGACUUCCUGGAUGGAAAGCUCACACUGUUCGCCACGGCGUGCGAGAAGACCGUGUUGAAGCGCGUGCUCAAGGAGCUGUGGAGGAUCAUAAUGAGCAGCCUGGAGAAGACCAUCGUCCUGCCACAGGGCAACGAUACCUUCGGAGCACAGAUUCUCUCGGCCGCCAAAGAAUUGGGCCAGCUCUCCAAACUCAAGGAUCACAUGGCAGGGGAGGCCAAGAGCCUGUCUCCCAGGCAAUGUGCUGUCAUGGACGUGGCACUGGACACUAUCAAGCAAUACUUCCACGCGGGAGGCAACGGGCUGAAGAAGGCGUUCCUGGAGAAGAGCCCCGAGCUGUCCUCGCUCCGCCACGCCCUGUCCCUCUACACCCAGACCACGGACACGCUCAUCAAGACCUUUGUGACCACCCAGCACGCACAAGGUAGUGCACACUGCUUCCCGAUGGCACAUCGAGGGAAAAGAAAAGAAAAGAAUGUGCACAAUGGGAAAGGCAUACGGUUAACCCCCAGUGAGAAAGUACAGCCCAGCAAGGGUUCGGGCGUGGACAAGCCGAUCGGCGAGGUGUCCGUCCAGAUCGAGCUGCACACUCACCCCGGGAGCGGCGAGCGGAAGGUGACCAUCAAAGUGGUGGCAGCCUGCGAUUUGAAGUGGCAGACCUCGGGCAUGUUCCGGCCCUUCGUGGAGGUCACCAUGAUCGGGCCUCACCUCAGCGACAAGAAACGCAAAUUCCAGACCAAGUCCAAGAACAACAGCUGGUCUCCCAAGUACAACGAGACCUUCCACUUCGCCCUGGGUAACCAGGACGGCUUUGAGUGCUACGAGCUGCAGGUCUGCAUGAAGGACUACUGCUUCGGCCGCGCGGACCGAGUGGUGGGCGUGGCCGUGAUGCAGCUGCGGGACAUCGGGGGGAAGGGCAACUGCGCGUGCUGGUGCCCGCUGGGCCAGCGCAUCCACAUGGACGACACGGGCCUCACGGCCAUGCGCAUCCUCUCGCAGCGCUCCAACGACGACGUGGCCAAGGAGUUCGUGAGGCUGAAGUCGGAGGCGCGCUCGACCGAGGAGGGCAGAUGAGGGGCAGCUGGAAGGGGAAAGACGAGGGGAGGGGAGGGGACGGGAGGGGAGGCCUCCUGUUCCACGAUCAGAGACUCUUUUCUCAGACUUGUCGUGUGUCUUAGCUGCUGACUGACUGUUUUGUCGGCCGCCGAAACAAACUUGUCACCUUCAUGCCCGGAGAGAGGGACUUAUGGACAAACACUCCAUGUUCCCCAACACAUUCAAUGUAUUAACCGUGCUGCCACACACACACACACACACACACGCACCUGCUCACUCGAGCGUCACACUCUUACUCUCGUCAUUCAACCUCCCCCCGCCCCCCUCCUCCCUCAUCCGCUGGAGCGGCGCAAGGCCAAACUAAGUUUUCACGCCUCACAAGUGUUGUUGUGCAAUAACCCCCCCCCCCCCCCCUCACCUCCUCACCUGACCCACCCACACCCUGCCUGUGUGUUGUUGUUUUUUUUAAUAAUUAUGCCUUACACUCUGAAACUGUGAAUGUGUGAAGUAAAGAAAAAGUGCUCGGCCUCUUCUAAAAUCUUCAUCUCAUAGAAAGAAAAGGGUCUUCAGUCUGAUGAACAAUGGCCGGUCUUUUUGACAGCCUGCCAAUUAUUGAUCAUGAGCUGAUGAGAUAUCGUGCCGCUUUCACGAGUUACGUCUCAGGAGGAGGGACUUCGACCUUUGACCCCUUAAACGUGCCCCUUAGUUACGGUGGUUCAGUUAAUUGUGUGCCUUGCCAUGUGAAGCUCCCCUUUAUAGAUAUAUUUAUAUAUAUAUAUAUAAGUCCAAAAUAUAAGCUCCGUUAGCAGCUCCGCUGUAACCAUGACGGCGUGCAGCCGUUUUUUAAUUUUUUUAUUUUUAUACAUAUUUAUUUUUUGUCCGUGCUUUUUUUUUUUUCCGAAGACUUUAACGUUUAACAAAGUUAACGUUAGCCGCCGGGUGUCCGGUGUGAGCCGAGCUGCACGCUGGCGCAGGUCGGUGGCGACUCGCGUCCUCGACCGGCGAUGGCGAGAGCUGUGUUUUAUUUAUAGUUCAGAAAAUAUUAUGUUCCACUUUUCAGGUAACAACUUUUUCUUCCAAAAAAACCCCAACAAAAACCAACAAAAAGAAAGUCAAUCUGAACAUUUGAACGCGAGUGUAGAAUGACUUGCGGUUUACAUUUCUGCUCGGCCGAUGAGUGGCCUUACAUAAGUGUGUGUGGGGGGGGGGGGGGGGGGACUAAUGAUGUUUCUCUUUUUUUUAAUAUUGUUUUUAUUUCCUUGCAUUUCCUCUCGGCUCUCUGCAAUGUGGACCCGGCCAGUUGUUGUUAUUGUUAUGUUGUUUUGUUGUUUUGCCCAUAAUGAUGUCAAAUAAGUUUUCCAAGUGAUGGUCCUUAUCAUUUCUUUCUACUUCUUAUCUGCGAUGAUGUUGUGGAACGUCGUAACCACAUGUCCCGGGGGUUUUCUUCGUAUACUCUGCGUUCUGAUUGGUGGACGCUUCCUGUGGAUCCUCCGUCGUCAUGACGACACAGAGAGACGCAUCGCCGGCCAACGUGCUCCCGACUGAGGGAAGACUAUUUAAGUGUUACUCUUAACGAAGGAUGGAUAUCGCUGAAACAUGAGAGCCCUCGACUAGUCACCUCUUCCCUUUGUUACAGGAAGUGACCCCGUUGUGCAUACAGACGUCUCAUAGACACACACACACACACACACACACACACACACACACAUACCAAGCUACAGAUGUUCACUUUUUCUUGUAUUCUUUAUUUCUCUGUUUUCUAAAUGUGUUAACCCUCGGAUUACCGCCAAGUCCCUGCAAUAGUUACCGAGGACGGUUUAUCGGUCGUAGUCGCCGUGUUUUCUGUGUAUCGUCAGUACUUUUGAAAUGUUGUCGUCACCAUGUGAACAUUCUCUUCAACGUGUUUUGUAUAAAGUAUUUGAGAAGUA